AUGGCCAGUAUGCCUCCUUGCCUGACCGUAUCACCGCAGUAUGCGCCACGAGAAGGACGGCCAUAUGUCAUUAAUAAUGAUGAAUUACAGGCUGCAAUUGAAGAAGAUUCCUCUCAAACUUGUCAGAUAUUAGAACAAAAGUUCUCCAAACAGUUGCAGAAAUUCUUGAAAGAGCUGGAAGAACAGGAUCAACCUCAGAUAGUUAAACUUGGUGAUGCAAGUAUUGCAGCACCUUUCACAUCUAAGACUUCAUCCAUCCAAUGCAUUUGUCAUGUUAUCAAGCAAGGACGCUGCACUCUAGUUACAACCCUCCAGAUGUUCAAAAUAUUGGCUCUUAAUGCACUUAUCCUUGCUUACAGUCAAAGUGUUCUGUAUUUAGAAGGAAUCAAAUUCAGUGAUGUUCAAGCAACAUUACAGGGAUUGUUAUUAGCUGGAUGUUUUCUAUUUAUUUCCAGGUCAAAGCCUCUUAAAGUUUUGUCCAAAGAAAGACCACUUCCAAAUAUAUUUAAUGUUUAUACCAUAUUAACAGUUUUAUUACAAUUUGCUGUUCACUUUUCCUGUCUUGUAUUUUUAGUGCAAGAAGCCUUAUCUAUGUCACCUGCAAGGACAGAGAAAUUUGUAGAUUUGGAAGCAGAGUUCAAGCCAUCAAUCUUAAAUAGUACAGUCUACAUAAUGUCAAUGGCUUUGCAGAUCUCUACAUUUGCCAUAAAUUAUAGGGGCCAUCCAUUCAUGGAAAGUUUAGUGGAAAAUCGACCACUUUUGUACAGUCUUAUUGGCUCGGGUUUAGCCAUUGUUACAUUGGUAAUAGGGUUAUUUCCAGAUUUUGCCAAUAAAUUUGAAAUAGUUGAAUUCCCUCCCGAUUUCCAGAGGAUCAUAUUACGGACUUUAGCCAUAGAUUUAUUUUUAUCCUUGAUUGUUGACAGGGUGUGCCUAUUCCUGUUUGGUAAAGGAAAAUUACGUGAACCUUGAUAUUCGUCAUCACAUAAGAAGAAAUAUAUAAACAUCUAUAUAUUUCUAAAUUUAUGCUGGGAACAGAGUUAUAAAUAUAUGUAUAUUGUUGGGAUUGUAAAUAGUUUCCAUUUCAUGGAGAAAUUUCGAGAUAUAUUGUCAGUGUUAUAGUUGUCUUUUGUUGUGUAUAUACAUUGAGUGUAUACUGUAUAUUGCAUCUGUGAUGCAAGGUAAAAAAAGAAAAGACCAAAGCACUGAUAGUUGAUGGAAUAUAUUAAGUUUAUAGCACUGAUAUUUUGCCGAUUUCUUUUGUAAAACAUUGCUUUUUUGACUUGUAUGACAGAAAGUAAUUUAAAUAAAAAAAAUUUUGUUUUAUA